UGGGACAUGAGAGGAGCACAGCAUGGCCCAGACGCCACAGGUUAAGACUUCGUCCCUUUACGUUCGCCUGCAGCAUCCGUCCGUUAAGGCAGCGGGGAACACCGACCGAAAGCAGGCUGAGGUCAGUGGCGGGCAGACUCUCGCCGGGAAUGGGCCGCUUUCUGCGCCUGGCAACCACCCGUGUCACAAUGAGGGGCACCAUGUAAUGCCAGGGAGCCGCCUCUGCCACAGGCUCAGCCCCCACGCCAGGGGUGACGCCCCCCCAGUCGAAUUGCCGGCCACUCGGCCCGGCUGCCUGCGUGAUCCCGGGAUGUCUCGCAGCGGGAGACCUCACUGCGCCCUCCGCUCCGCUCCCUGGAGACCCUUCGGCCCUCACGCCACCACCCCAGGGGUCCGGUGGAAAGUGGAGUUCAACAAACCCAACCUGGUAGAGGCGCCCGUCUUCUGUACACCUCUCUGCUCCGGGGAUGGGAGGUAUACCUCCAGACCACAGGCAGCUGGCAGACUGCUAUCCCCCAGUCUCUCCAGAACAACUACCUCUCCAGCAAGUCCACAUCCCCUACAGAAGACUGAGACCUUUGUUUGGAUCAACCGGGCAUCUCCACAUGCACAGAAUGUCGCCAAGGCUAAAUAUCAGUUCCUAUUUGGCACGCCUGCAGAAGACAACUCUUUGGACAGGGGUUGCUUCCAGUCUCCUGGAGAAGACCGACGUGUAAACAACUUGUCGAUCUUAAGUCAGGAACUCCAACAAACGUCUGAGGAGGUCCAGUCAAGCAGCUGGGAGAGCUUGUACCCUAUCGUGGUGGUUACUGCACCGGACCCCAGCCUGACUGCUACUCCACAGGACUUUGAGAACUAUCAGCAAGAGGAGUCCAGAUCUAACACCGAGACAGAAUGGUCGGGCCAGGGCAGCGCCGAGAGGUUCACGGUGCCAGAUUCCGAAGGUGGUCUCACAGCAACUGACACGGACGGUGGCACUUCGAAUCAAUCGGGAGGAGAGUCCACCACCGACUUGUCUCAGGAGCAAAUCUAUCAGGACGUGGCGAAGGUAUUUGUGAGCAGUACCCAGGUGAUGACAGCGCCCGUGUUCACCGUCGUACAGGGCCAGCAAGCUGAAUUGCUCCAGUGGGGGGACGGUGAGGAUGCUGCAGGAGACAAUGAGCUCUUGAGAGGAGCCGAGGACGAGAAGGAACUUGCCAACGGGGACAAGGAAAUGCUACAGAGUCCCUCGUUGACUGACAAAGACUUUGUGCUGGAGGAUGAAAGCACCCAGGACCCCCCUCGGACUUUGGAGGGGGCAGAAGGAGAAAAGGACAAAUCGCUGGCGGUGGAUGAUGAGAUUUCGGCGUUCUUGGUAACCGAGUAUGCAAUGGCAAAGGCACCAGUUCCAAAGCUGCCACUGCCCGGUGAAGAUGAGGAGGAGUUCAAUGGGCAUUUGAAAACUGAUGAUGACAGUGGGGCUUCUGUGGACAGUGAGAGAAGGACGCCGUUGAAAGGUGCUCAGUCUGAGACCCGGAGUGACGAGGAUGAUGAUGUCUUUGUGACCGCGAGAGAAAGUCAAGCAAGUGUAAUGAGCAGAACUUCCCUGGGAACCAAAUCAGCAAAUUUACUGAUGUUGACGGUCACCAACAAGCCAGAGUUUGAUUGUACGUGGACUUUGCCCAGUGAGGUGACUGAUAUUUUCAGCUCACAGUUUGAACACAUUAUGGAGUGCCAACAUCUGAAAGGUACCUCGUACAACAGCCUGGACUCAUUGGACAUGAUCUCCUCCACGGACGAGAGCGAAUGUGGCUUCAGCUUUGAAAUGCCGCUCACCCCGAUGAUUCAGCAGCGAAUCAAGGAGAGCAGCCAGUUCCUGGAGCAUGGGACCACGGAAACCGGCUCUGGUAAUAGGGCAUUGCAGCGUCGAAUAGACAUCAGUGACCUAUCAGGCAGCAGUCUGGAGGAAAACAGCGACUCAUCAGACCAUUUAUUCCAUAAACCUUCUCUUGUCAAUGGAGCACCUCAACUCUCCGAGUUCUAUCAGGAUGGGCAGAAAGAGCCCUCUACUUCAAGUGAUUGCGGCCUAAAGGAAAUGCUUCCAGAUGGGGACCUUGAAGCGGACAGCAUGGAGCAGCUGGAACUCCAUAGCAGCACUGAUGUGGUGACCAACGGCAAUAAGAGUGACCUGGAGGCAGCCAAGAGGCUAGCUAAGCGUCUCUACAAUCUCGAAGGGUUCAAACGAUCUGACGUCGCGAGGCACUUGGGGAAGAAUAAUGACUUCAGCAAGUUAGUGGCUGAAGAAUACCUCAGAUUUUUUGACUUUACUGGCAUGACCUUGGACCAAUCACUAAGAUUUUUCUUGAAAGCAUUUGCACUAAUGGGGGAGACUCAGGAGCGAGAGCGGGUAUUAAUCCACUUCUCCGAACGAUACUAUCAGUGUAACAUGGGCACUAUUCCUUCUCAAGAUGGGGUCCAUUGCCUUACUUGUGCACUGAUGUUGUUGAAUACAGAUCUUCAUGGCCACCACCCAUGUUGUGUGUGUGCAGGUGCGGGACACAGUGAAAGACACAAGAACAUUGGGAAGAAGAUGACCUGUCAAGACUUCAUUAACAAUCUGGAUGGUUUAAAUGGAGGGAAGGACUUUCCGAAAGACCUGCUGAAGGCAUUGUACAAUUCAAUCAAAAAUGAGAAACUGGAAUGGGCGAUAAAUGAAGAAGAGUUGAGGAAAUCACUCUCCGAACUUGCUAAUGACAAGACAGACAAUGCUGGAUCCAAGUCCAACAAUCGUAUUGGAUCUGGUACGAAUCCAUUUCUCGACAUUCCGCAGGAUCCCAAUGCUAAAACGUACAAAACCGGCUUCCUGUCACGAAAAAUUCAUGCAGACAUGGAUGGAAAGAAAACUCCCAGGGGCAAAAGAGGUUGGAAGACAUUUUAUGCUGUGCUGAAAGGCAUGAUCCUUUACUUGCAAAAGGAUGAAUAUAAGCCGGAAAAAAAUCUGUCUGAAGAGGAUUUAAAAAAUGCAGUCAGCAUACACCACGCACUGGCAAUAAAAGCGACUGAGUAUGAGAAGAAACCCAAUGUUCUGAAGUUGAAGACUGCCGACUGGAGAGUCUUUCUUUUUCAAGCACAAAGCCCUGAAGAAAUGGAAUCCUGGAUAAAUAAAAUGAACCAAGUAGCCGCCACAUUCUCUGCCCCUCCAUUUCCAGCUGCUAUUGGCUCACAAAAGAGGUUUAGCCGCCCCCUGUUGCCAGCUACCACCACCAAAAUGACGCAGGAGGACCAGCUGAAGUCACAUGAGGCCAAGCUAAAACAGAUUUCCACUGAGCUCACUGAGCACCGCUCCUACCCUCCAGACAAGAAAGUCAAAGCGAAGGAAAUUGAUGAGUACAGACUGAAGGAACACUACCUGGAGUUUGAGAAAACCCGAUAUGAGACAUACGUUAAACUCCUGAAGGAAGGAGGGCCAGAUAUGCUCUUGGAGAAUGACGGUAAUGGAAUGAAAAAGUCACAUUCCAGCCCAUCGCUGAACCAAGAGAUGUAUGCUGUAAAUGCGAAAAUCAAACGCAAUGUCUCUGAAAGAAAAGACUACAGGCCUGACACAGCCAACAACAAGCAGAAGACUUAACUUCUCAGCAGGAAAUCAUCUCCCAGUCCUCGGCCACCAAAACAUAAUCAAGUGACGCAAUCUGUGACUUGUAUAUUUUUGUGUAAAAUAUUAUUUAGAUGUUGACUUUUGGUAACAGAAAUUGUGAGAACAUGACUGAUAUGGUAAUCCUUCAUUUGCAGACACUCCUGUAGCUUUUUAUAUUUUUGUUUGGUCGUUGACGCAAAUGUUUGUAGAUUGCCUUUUUUUUAUAUUGCCUUAAAGAGACAGCCUCCUAUUGUUGGCCUGCUAUUUUGAAAGCCAUCAAAGGUCAUGCAGUCGGAGGUUUACACGAGAGGCCCUAUCAACGAGUGCCAAAUGGAUAUAUGUCAUUUCACAAAUGGAGAAUUGUCAUUGGCUGAAUUUCUGUGCACAAAAUCAGAGCAAGAUAGCUGCUGACUUUGCUGUCCUUUUAUUUUUCCUCAUUAUUAAUUCUUUAAAUUAUUUAAAAACAAACACUCUCAAAGAAAGUUGUGAAAUGAAUGUUUCCAUGGAUGUGGUUUUUUUAAAGAAACAAUACUUUAUACAGUGUUGCUUAUUGGAGACCAACAAAAUGAAUAUUUUUCAAAGAGCUAUUGGUUGCUUUUCUGUUUAUUGCUUAUCAGCAAAUAGUCCUUACAAAUUCCUCACUGUCUUAUCCCUUCCUCCCUCCUUCCCACUAGAUUAUUGAUUGUCACACAUGUCAGUACUUCCUUUCAGGACUGUGACACUCCUCUCUCCCUUUCUCUCACUCAGGCUCUCCCCUGUACAUGCCAACAUUUCAGAGCACAUGCUAUUCUCUGUGCACAUCCCCACCCAAGUCCAUAUCUGCUACUGAGCCAGAAAGCUGUCAUCUGUACAGUGUUGGAAGGAAAAUAUUUUAAAACACUUUGUUUUGAAAUGAUUUUAUGAGGCUCCAUUUUAAGCACACUGUAAAUCCCAGACAACCUUGUCACCUGUACAUGAUAUUUCCUUGACAAGAAUAUAGCAAAUAUAUAGAAGGUACUAUCUGAAUUGUUUGAUUGUAUCUUUAAAGAUUAGUAUUUAUAGUGCACUUUAACAGAAUACAUAAAGCUUGACCACCUGUUUUUAUUUUUUUUAAGAAUAUAUGUUUGUCUUCCAUUUUUUUGUAUAAUUCCAGGCAUCUAUGCCUGGGCAAGUUCUGUCAACUGUAAGACAGGUUAAAGAGACAGUAUUGUAGUGAAAUUACAAUUGAUCCGAUAGAAGUUUUGUUUGAAGUAGGAAAUUGCAUUUGCCCUCCAGAACCACUGCUGUUAUUGAAUUUCUAUUGCAAUGAUGCUGUAGUUUAACUCUCACUGCACCAGUUACAUAAGGGUCUCACGCGUGAAGAGCACACAACCCUGCCUGAUUGCGGAUUCAGUUGAACACAUCAAGUGUGAAAAGAUCACUUUUUUUCUAUAAAGAAUUCGACUCACCCUUGCCCUGCAGAAUACCUCUAAUACUUUCUGCAUCUGUAGAUAAUGAAAGGCUGUGAUGAAAUUUAUAGUGAAAAGUGGUAUCUGCUCAGUAAUGUAUUUUCAGGUGCAAAUAGGUGUCUCUUCCCAGUGCCACUUGGUAUUUCUCUGUGCUAUUAUUGAUAUUUAUUGACUUUGUUGCAUCUUCAUUCACUUCUAUAGCUCAGUGGAUCUAUUUUUGUUGUCUGUAUAUAAUAGAUUUACUGUACAAUAGCAUGCAGAAAGUCGUCUUUCUGCUGCAUAUGUCCCUUGUUUUGCAUGCAGUCCUCUCUCAGAGACAAGAGCUCACAUAAAUAAAUUCAAAUGGAUGUUA